CGUUUUGCAAAAUGCUGUGUGGCCUCUUCCUGUUUCAACAGAAAGGUGGGACAAGCGGAAGCAGCAUCUUACGGUGCUAAUAUUCGUCGCUGAGGUGGUUGAAUCACAUUAUUUGUCCCUCAACAUGCCGGCCUAUCAUUCAACCAUGCAGGAGGAGAACACCAGGUCGGUGGGGAACAUGGCUUUAAUGCCCCUUAAAACUCAGUUUAAGGGACCAGCGAGAGGAGAUGGAAUCGAUUCUGACAUCAUCGACGAGGCUAUCUACUAUUUCAAGGCUAAUGUAUUUUUCAAAAACUACGAAAUCAAGAAUGAGGCAGACAGGACGUUGAUCUACAUCACACUCUAUAUUUCGGAGUGUCUAAAGAAGCUGCAAAAGUGCAGCUCCAGGGGCCAAGGGGAGAAGGAGAUGUACACGCUGGGCAUUACCCACUUCCCCAUUCCAGGAGAGCCCGGCUUUCCGCUCAACGCCAUGUAUGCCAAGCCCGCUAACAGGCAGGAGGAAGACACAAUGAGGCUUUACCUCCAGCAGAUCAGACAGGAGACCGGCUUGAGGCUAUGCGAGCGUGUGUUCGACCCUGUGACGGACAAACCCAGCAAGUGGUGGAUGUGUUUUGUCAAGAAGCAGUUCAUGAACAAGAGCCUGUCUGCUCCAGGACAGUAAACCGGUAGGGGGGCGCACGGUGUUAACAUCCGAGCCUCACCUUAUGGACGCUUUAUUUCUUAAGAUCGCAUUUGUGCUUUUUGCAGUGCAAUUUUAUACUCUGAGUUGAUAAGGACGUGUUGUCACUUAAGUGUACGUUUAAAUUGAGCUGGUGCUUGAUUCAAUAAAGUUAUUGUGGAUGCGGGAAAUUUA